AUGGCGAUGUAUACCGCUGUUUAUCCGUCAAGUGCCGGUCAAUCUCAAGCCGAAACUACCGAAGAUACGGAACGCACUGAAAUAACUGUGAAGAAGAAAUGUCUCGAGCAAGGAUUCACAGAGCACGAUCUCUGUCCAUUCAAAUUACAGUGGUCCUUCGGAUUAAAUUCAGAAGUACCGGUUGUAAAUCUAACUACUAAAAAUCGUACGUUAUUGGCGUACGCCUGUUCGCACGUGGCUGUAAUUUAUGACUAUAGUUCGAGGAAAAUGUUACCACUCCUAGGUCACCGAAAUCCUGUUAAAACGUUAUCGACCUCGCGUGACGGCAAGUGGUUACUAACAGCGGAUUCCGGAGAGGACAGUGUAGUAGUGGUUUGGGACACAGAAAAGGGGAUUCCCGUUUGCACUUUAUUUAAUCCACAUAAUAAUGAAGAUAUUACAGCUGCUGGUAUUAGUCCUAAUGCUAAACAAAUAGUCACCGUUAGCAAUGGCAAAUGUCAGAAUGUGCAUUUCUGGUUAUGGUCUUAUGGAAAAGACAAACCAGAUGGCUACAUUUUAGUAUGGGACAACGUUUCUUGUGAAGACAAGCACACUUCUGAUGAUACUAAUUGUAAAAAGAAAAAACACAGAAAAACUCUUCAUUUACAGAAAAGCAAUAUUACUGUUAUUAUUGAUAACGAAGGUAUGCUUGUUACGGGAAAUACAAAUGGUCGUGUUACUUUCUAUGAUUACCAAUUGAGACUUUUGUAUUGGUGUGAAAGUCUUGAUUCUAUUCGAUGGCUAAGCUUCGAUCUUCAGUCUAAUUUGUUACCUCCGGUAUUUGUCGUUGAUGUAUCUAAAAGUUCUUCUACGGGAAUAAUAGCAUUAAUAGAAAUUCCGAAGCAGAAAUGUCACUUGGUGUUCCGUCAUCCGGCUGCAAUUGUGACUAGUAUGGAUAGUCAUCCAGAAAGCAACUAUGUAGUUGUGGGCGACGUUCAUGGAACCGUACAUUUAUACAAUUAUGAAAAGUGCACUCUGUUAAUAUCUAGAAGCAUACCACGUCUUCCAGACUAUCGGCCAAUUCUCGAAAAACAGAUGAUUGAGGAAAACAUUAUUUAUGUCACCUGUCCGCAAAGGGAGCAUGAGACCGCGAAGGCCGUUACGGCUCUAAAAUUCUCACCAAGAUGCGAUAUGCUAGUGUGUGGCUUAAAGAACGGGGCAAUCUGGAUUCUACAUCAUAUCACCUUAGAUCCUAUAGAUGAAAUUCCAUAUAAACAUUCUUCAACAGCUAUUAGUAAAAUUACUUUCACACGGUGUGCCGAAUAUAUGGCUUAUGCAGAUAACGCGUUGACUGUAGUAGUAUUCAAGAGAAACAGUACGAAGGAGUCUAAUGUGUGGAAUUUGAUCGGAAAAUAUCACUCACAUUAUUUACCUAUCAGAGAUAUACUUUUCGGCCCGGCCGCAUCCGAUUCCGAUGCACCGCGGUUUUUCUCUUUGGGAGAGGAUCGAGAGCUCGUCGAAUACGAUCUCGCGCACAGCGGACCAUAUCCAGUGCCAGGACUUCAAAUUUUGCGUAUCGAUCAGAUCGAACAAAGUGCCGUUCCUCUUUGCCUAGCAUGGUAUCCUGUAUCCGGCAUUGAAAAAUUCCUCAUGAUCACAAAUUCUGAAUACAAGUAUAAGAUCUUUAGUGAUACUACCAAGGCAAUUCGUGGAACUUACUUAGGACCCACGUUCAAAAAACCAGUAGAACAUUUUCAAAUUUUAACCGACAAAUUUAUUGACAACGGCUAUGCGGUAUUUGCGACCGAUAGAGAAAUUGGUCUUCAGUUAAUGCCUUUCGAUGGUAAUCCGUACAAGAUUGUCGGCAUGACAGGCCAUCCUCAAAAAAUAAUAGGUAUCUCUGUCAGCAACAAUAAGGAAAUACUUUUCACCGCAGGUUACAAUGAUCCUUGUGUAUUAAUGUGGAAAAUACAACUGAAAUCUGUUGACGUAAUGGCACGAUUAGGCGGAAAAGAUCUAUCGCCGUUUUAUUGCCUUAUCAAAGGUGGGAAAAAAGGAUGGUUAGCAAACGAGAUGAAGGAUCUGUUCUAUUAUGCGCAGAUAUUACAUCAAGGCGAGAAUACGACCGCAGCUAGAAUCGUCUCCGACACCGUAAUUGUCGAGCAGAUUCCAAAUCUUAUGCGAGCUAUUGGAUAUUUUCUGACGAACAAAGAAAUAGAGAAUAUCAUGACAGAAGUAUGCUAUAAACAUUACACUGAAACCGGUAAACUUGUCGAAGAGAUCACUUUUGAAGAAUUCGUGCAACUGUAUGUGAAUCACCGACCGGCGUUUGGAAUUUGCAUGCGCCACAUAAAGGAAGCUUUUCAUACAUUUAUCGAAGAGAAUUCCGACAGCAUGGAUCCAACUUUAACACGAGAGCAGUUUGUAGAUAUUUUACUCGGAGGAAUAAUAUCGAAAACUUUAAUGGAAAAUGAUAAACCUAUCGGUGAACCGUUGACUUUGCAAGAAGCAUAUACAUAUCUCAAGAUACUGAUGUUUCCUAAAGAAGAAAUGGUUGAGACUCAACCAAGUUUGUCUCAAAGAUCCGUAUCCUUCAAUUUUCGUUUCCUUCCGGCGAGGAUAUCUUACAAAGAUUUCACCAUGGAUAUCAUGGGUGUUGAAUCAUUGGAGGAAACUAUGGCUGACAAUUGA